AAACAAAAAUGGCGAACACAAAUCCUGAAUCCACCAACAAAUCCACAACACCAUCAACGGAUAUGGAGCUAAAGAAAGUCUUCGACCAAUUCGAUUCCAACGGCGACGGGAAAAUCUCUGUUUCAGAGCUCGGAAACGUUUUCAAAUCCAUGGGAACGUCGUACACAGAGGAGGAGCUAAACCGUGUAUUAGACGAAAUCGACAUCGAUCGCGACGGUUUCAUCAAUCAGGAAGAGUUCGCUACCAUUUGCCGAUCAUCUUCCUCUGCCGCGGAGAUACGUGAAGCGUUCGAUCUCUACGAUCAGAAUAAAAACGGUUUGAUCUCGUCCUCUGAGAUCCAUAAGGUUCUGAAUCGUCUUGGUAUGUCUUGCUCUGUUGAAGAUUGUGUGAGAAUGAUCGGUCAUGUUGAUGCUGACGGCGAUGGAAAUGUUAACUUCGAGGAGUUUCAGAAGAUGAUGUCGUCGCCUGAGCUCGUUAAGGGAUCCGUCGCGAACACUUAGGGCUUGACAACAAACAAUUGCUCUGCAAUUAUGCUUUACUUUAUAUGUAAGCAUUCGAUGUGCAAAUUUUAAACUUGUUUCUUUGUGUUUUUUUUUGGCAUUGUAUAUUAUAGUUCAUUAUCAAUUAUUUAUAAUGAAUUGGAUAAUUGGAU